AUGGAUCAUGAGCCGAAGUUGAGAAAUGCGAAGCCAGUUGGCGGGGCAAACAAGCCCAGGUGCAAUCAGUUCACUGUUAUUAGACUGGAGCCACGGAACCCCAUGAUCGCCGUGAAGGACUUGCAGGUUCACCGCCUGUUCUUGGGCUUCGUGGCAUUUCUCAUCGCUACGACGGCGGUGAAGGUUCCGCAACCUGUCGGACCAGCGCAUCAGGAAAUCCAAGGACCGAUAGUAUGGGCAGCUUGUCCCGGGGAUAUUCGACCUUUCAAAGGCAACAACGCCACAUCAGCUCUCCAAUGCACAAACUUCUCGGUCCCUUUGAACUACAAUGACCUCGGGGGUCCUCAAGUUCAGUUGGGCAUUGUCAAGCUCCCGGCACAGGGCAAGCGCAUUGGCAAUCUCUUUGUGAACCCCGGCGGGCCUGGAGGGGCAGCGUCAAGCAUGGCAGCGCGAAUGGCUUCCGAGGGAAUUUACGUCAGCGACGCGGUGCGCCAGUCAUUCGACAUCAUUGGAAUGGACUCUAGCGGCGUUGGCCUGAGUACACCGCAGAGGUGCGACACAAAUGCGGCCAACCAGCCGAGCGAGUUUGAUGCGACAACUCCGGAGGGGUUCCAAAAAGUGUUCAACUACAACAAAGCCGUUGGUGAUUCUUGCCGGGCAAUGACUGGACCUUUGUUUGACAACAUGGACACAACAUUUGUCGCCAAGGACAUGGAGGCUGUUCGUGUGGCCACUGGAGGAGAGCCUAUGAACUACUUUGGAGUAUCAUAUGGAACACAACUUGGGGCUCAGUAUGCUGCACUGUUCCCCACUGCAAUCCGUGCUAUGGCACUUGAUGGGAUGUUGCAGCACACUGGCUCUUUCGCAUCGAACAUCAUGACACAGGCUACGUCCUUGGACGCCACCAUCCAGGCGUUCUUCCGGUUCUGCGAAGCCAACGCUACGAACUGCGGGGAAGGAGGACAAGACAUCCGGCAGACGUGGAACAAAAUCCUUGAAGUUGCUGGCGCGGGUAACCUCAAGGCUGCAGAGUGUGACGGGACCAUCAAAACCGGCUGCGUGCCUGCUGCGACACCAAACAACGUAAUAGGAUCUGCACGGUCGACUCUGGAGUUUCCCCAAGACCUGAAGAAGUUUGCCGAAACGCUCAAGCUUGGGGCCGCUGGGAACGGCUCGUUUUUCGUUCCAGGCCUGUUGUCUGGCGACGUUUUUUCCGACUCUCGAUCUUUGUCCAUUACGAACGUGCAGUGCCAGGACGGGCAUUUCUUCGCUGCCAAAGAUCACCUCGAAGUGCAGCGAGUGGCUGAUAUGACUCGUACUUUCACUACUACCCCAGGCAUGGGCGAGUUCUGGCACAGGGUUAUUGACUGCACCGGGUAUCCUGUUUAGAUCACGAAUCCUCGGACGGCAUUAAAUAUCAAGGGCACGCCGCCUAUCUUACUCGUCCAUUCUAGGUUUGAUCCGGC